AUGCUUAUCUUCGAAGAAAAUGGUACGUGUGAUCAACCAGUAUCAACACUUGUUUCUCACGAUGAACAUUGGGCGGAAACAUCACUAACUGGUCUCAAUAUUCUAUUAAAUCUUCUGUCGCAUUCCAAUGUAUUAUUUUGUGGUCCAGCAUCGGUUCGUAUACAUUCAUUGUUAGAUAGUCGUCCAUUGAAUAGUCGUGAAGAAGCUGCCUGUUUCUUAUCAAAUCUGGUGAAAUUUUAUUUGUUAUUCUCUCAAUUAAAUAAUCGUCUUAAUUUAAUUCUCAAAACAUUACCCAAUUUGGUUCUUGUGAUACGCAAAGAUUUCGAUCCUUCUGUUAUUUCUUUCUUCUACUCAUUUAAUAAAAUUUUCGUGAAGUUUUCUCACUCAGAUAUAAGUUGUAAGUGUCAAUCCCAUUCUAUAAACGGUGGUAAUCGUUUGUUUGAAAUUUAUCCAGCAUUGGAUAGUGAAAUGUGUUUUAAUUAUUUGAAUCAGAUCGAAAACAUAAUUCGUCCUGAUAUUUCUUCUCAAUUACAAUCAUUAGUUUUAGCAGCUACUUCUCCUCAACUAGCACAACUCAUAUUUCGUGGUGAAUUUCCUAGUUUAAGAAUUUGUCAUCUUGGUUAA